CGAAACAUAAACAUUGAGUUGUUUUGUCGAACUUGACGGUGAAGAGAAGCUGCGGACGGACUGAAAGGUCUCAGGUCCGGUUCUGAGGGACGACCUGAUGUGUCUUCAGGACGUUUGGAUGUCUAAAGAGCCGCAUGAGGAGCCUCAGAAAGCGCACUGAUCCGGUUCCGACCAGAAGCCUGACGUUAGCCCGCGGAGGCUAAACUCAGACAUCCUGAAGCUAAACGCUGUCAUCCUUCAUUUUUUCACGUUGUAUCUCCGUCAGAAUUCUUCCUCUGACAGUGAGUGAUGUGGAAAAUCACCUUAACGUCGUUCGCUCUGCUUCUUUUGUCCUGGUUUAUUGGCAACUUUGUUCUGCAUCGGUUUCAACAAAACGGCGAAAAAGCCCAAAGUGAGGAUUCGAGCGGAACCUCGUCCGCGGAGAGUCCAGACCAGAGCUGCUUCUGCCACCUGACUGGGGUCCUGGACGACUGCUUCUGUGACAUCGAAAGCAUUGACGUUUUCAACAACUUCAAGAUUUACCCACGCAUAAAGAAGCUGACGGACAGGGACUACUUCAGAUAUUACAAGGUAAAUCUGAAGCGUCCCUGUCCUUUCUGGCGAGAUGGACACUGCUCCAUCAAAGACUGCCAUGUGGAGGCCUGCCCAGAGAGUAAGAUUCCGGUGGGCAUCAAGUCCGGAAACUACAACAAGUACUCACAAACAGCCAACUCCGUGUCGGACGUGCGCGAGUGUGAGCAGGUGAAGGAGCUGGGUGCCAUCAACAGCACGCUGAGUAACCAGAGCAAAGAGGCGUUUGCUGACUGGGCGAGACACGACGACGCUCAGGAUCACUUCUGCGAACUUGACGAUGAAACGUCUCCUGACGCCGAGUACGUGGAUCUGGGGCUGAACCCAGAGCGGUACACGGGAUAUAAAGGUCCUUCAGCCUGGAGAGUCUGGAACAGCAUCUACGAGGAAAACUGCUUCAAGCCUCGCUCUGUGUAUCGACCUCUGAACCCUCUGGCUCCAAGCAGAGGAAAUGAUGACGGAGAGGGUUUCUACAAGUGGCUCGAAGGCUUGUGUCUGGAGAAGAGGGUUUUCUACAGACUUAUCUCCGGCCUCCACAGCAGCAUCAACAUCCACCUGUGUGCCGACUACCUGAUCGACGAGGGGUGGGGCAGGUCAGUGUGGGGUCCAAACGUUCAGGAGUUCCGCCGCCGCUUUGAUGCGGCAGAGAUCAAAGGCGAGGGCACCAGGCGGCUGAAGAACCUCUACUUCCUGUACCUAAUCGAGCUGCGGGCGCUCUAUAAAGUGGCGCCAUACUUUGAACGAGCCUUCAUUAACCUGUACACUGGAAACGCCCCAGAGGACAGUGCCACCAAGGACCUGCUGCUCCAGCUCUUCAAUGAGAUCAAAGCUUUUCCAAUGCACUUUGACGAGAAGUCCAUGUUUGCUGGACGCAAAAUGGAAGCUAAAACAUUAAAGGAGGAAUUCCGGCUACAUUUCAAGAACAUCUCUCGGAUCAUGGACUGCGUGGGCUGCAGUAAAUGUCGGCUGUGGGGGAAGCUGCAGACUCAGGGUCUGGGCACUGCUCUGAAGAUCCUUUUCUCUGAGAAAGAGAUCCAGAACCUUCCGGAACACACCCCCUCCAAAGGCUUCCAGCUGACACGGCAGGAGAUCGUGGCCUUCCUCAAUGCCUUCGGCAGAUUGUCCACCAGUAUACAUCACCUCCAUAACUUCCGUCAGCUCUUGAAGGAGAACAGGUAGCAGAUGCUCCACCCGGACAGUAGGUGGUGCCAGCCUGCAGAAACUGCUUUUGCCUGCCUUUGUGGGGGACAUCAGGAUCAGAAGUCGCUGGUCAGUCUGCUUUUUUUUUGUUUGUUUUUGAGGGUUUUUUUUUUCCCUCACCCUCACAUUCUGUUUGUCUGGAAGUUUGGAAUGUUUUUGGUUGUCAUUUUUUCUUAUGAAUUCUUUAUAAAAACUCCACCUGAAGCUUUUUCUGGUUGCAGAAUGAUUUUUUUUUAUUUUUAUAAAUGUCCUGAGGACUGGACACUGGAAAGCAGGACAUUAGUGAGUUAGAGGCUUUGGACAGUGUGGAGCAAAGAGUGAAGCAUUGUGGGAUUGUGUGCGAACCCCAAGAACCCUCAGAGUCCAUGUGGACUCCUGGAACCUUUGAAGCACUCGUGGAAACUGCUGACUGCUAUGUCUCUGGUGGUGCUGACACCAUCUCUCACUGCCAAGCAAACUUUCCCUCUGUGACCCGGAGCCAGGGCUCAGGACCGCCGCGGGUUUGAUACUUUCUUGCUGUAUCAGGGCGUUACAAUGUGCACAUAAGCUAGCAGGCGUGGCGUGGAAUGCUUCCAUGAGCCUCAGACGUGCUGAUGGAAACUUUACACGUUUUGAUUUUGCUCAUUUGUGCAGAACUCGGACAGAAUCUGAAGCUCACUCCAGAAUAAUUAGAUUGUUCAGGUUGUACAAAAUCUGAGUUCUCAUUUCAGCAGUGAGAUGGCGGCGAGGUCACCGUGGACUGAAACGUCGAACCAAGACCCUUCUGCUCUGGAAACAAGCACCAAAACAGUUUGGCCGCCGCACUGCCCAUUACUCGUGUUUAAUCUCAAAGUGUGG